AUGGCGCCCGUCGCCGCGCAGCCAUCGCUCGCCUCGUGCACGCUCGUCAAGAUCUACAAGACGAGCGGUCUCUUCAGCUCGUCGACCUUCAAGGCCACGGACUGCAAGAGCUCUGCGUGCACCAUCAUCUACCAGGGCCUCGCUGCUUUCUUCACGAGCUUCCCGGACUGCUCGUUUGUCGACUCGGACUCCAACACCAAAAUCCCCUUGUACGAGCUUGGCAACAUUUGCACGGGCACGUCGAUCAAGACCACGGCGCCAUCAAGUGGCUCGUCCAGCGGGAACCCUUGGACACCGACACCAACGUCAGGUCGCGGCUCGCUCUCGGGCAAGACCCCGUCGUCCGGGUCUGCAUCGACCUCGUCAAGCAGUAGCAGCAGCUCGACCACGAUCAUCAUUGUCGUCGUCGCCGUCCUCGUCGUGCUGGCGAUCAUCGGUUUCUGCUGCUGGCGCAACAAGCACAAGAAGCAACAAGAGGAAGCGGCUGCGAUGGUAUUCGCGUCGCCCAUUGGUUACCCGACGCACGACUACGAAGCAGCCAACACGACAACCGCGUACUCGGAGCCAACGUAUCGCCCGGACCAAGCGUAUACCUACCAACCCGAGCUUAACUCGGUGCACGUGUACCAGGAGACGGCGCCCGUGCACGUGUACGACCCCGACGCCGCCAAGCAGACGAUGCAGUCGACCGGCACUGUGACGGCAACGCGCACCGCCGGCAGCACCACUGGCACCAAGACAGGCGCAAGCUCGACGUCCGUGCAGUCGGACGGCGCGGGCCUUGAUAUGUGCAACCUCGACAUGCACCGCGUGAACGUGAGCGAUAUCUCGAUGAUCAAAGCGCUGGCGCAAGGUGCGUUUGGCGAGGUCUGGCUCGGGACCCUUCAAGGCUCGAUGGUCGCGGUCAAGAAGCUUCUCAACCACAAGCGCGACAAGAACGAGCUCCAAAAGUUCAUUUACGAAAUCGCCCUCAUGGCCAAGAUCGAGAGCAAGUACAUUGUGACCUUUAUCGGUGUCGCCUGGACGCGCCCGAGCGACAUGCUGCUCAUCACCGAGUACAUGGACGGCGGCGACCUCCGCAACCUCCUCGCAUCGACCCAGUCAUUUUCGUGGCCGCAGAAAGUCCACGUCGCUCUUCACAUUGCCGAGGCGCUCAUGGACGCCAAGUUGACGGAUUUCGGCGUCUCGCGCGAGACAGACGACGCGACCAUGACCGCCGGCAUUGGCACGUACCGCUGGAUGGCGCCCGAAGUGCUCCAAGACGGCCACUACACCGAGUCGGCCGACGUGUUUUCGUUUGGCGUGAUCCUUGCCGAGCUCAGCAACGAGAUCGUGCCGUACUCGGACUUGCGAAAUGUCAACGGCAACCCGUACACGGACACGGCGAUCAUGGCCAAGGUGAUGAAGGGCGAGCUGCAGCCGACGCUGUCACCCGACUGUCCGCAGUGGUACGCCGAGCUGACGCAGCGGUGCUUGGCGCUCGCUGCCGACGACCGGCCGACGGCCAUGCAAGUGUCGUUUACUAUCAAGAUGCAGCUGCGCCAGAUGAAGUAG